AUGUCUUGCAAAGAAGAUAGAGGUUCUGAUGAGAGCCUUCUUGGUAGCAACAGAGAGAGUGAUGAGAUCGAAUGGGCUCCGCCGACCCAGCGACGGAAUUGGAGAACACAUUCUUGGGUUGUUCUGAACCUUCUCCUCUUCCUGAUAUCUUUGGGUCUCUUUAUUGCUGCCUCCUUUAGGUUCGGCCCGGAGUCUGACAUGGAUCACAUUCGCCAGACUUCCUUCUACUCUCCUGUUUUGGACUCGAUCAACUUCAAGAUGAGGCCCAUUGAGACGGAGGGCGGCUUAUUCGAGGCGAAGAACCCUUCCAAAUGGCGCAACUCUCUCAAGCCUGAUCCAGAAGUUGAUGAAGCAUGGGAGGAUCUGGAAAUCAUUCGUGUUUUCCCUAUCAACGAGGCCGAGGUUCGCCGACUGGGCAAAGAUCCAGAGCUCCUCGUCAAGUUCCCACCAGAGUAUGGCCUUGGCGACAACGCUUACAUGGCUCAAAUCGAUAUGUUUCAUCAGAUCCACUGCCUCAAUCUUCUUCGUCAUCUGGCUUGGGCCGAGUAUAACCGCAAUGGUACAGCAAAGAAGCCUUUUAGCGACUUGCAUUGGAUUCAUGUCAGCCAUUGCACAGACAUAUUGAUGCAAAACCUCAUGUGUAAUGGCAACCUGGACAUCAUUACGUUCAACUGGGUCGAGACUCAAACCAAUCCAUUUCCAGACUUUGCUGUCAACCAUCAGUGUAGGGAUUUCGAUGCGAUUUAUCAGUGGCAGGACAAACACUCAGUGCCAAAGGAAUGGGGGCGGAAUGUCACUCGGCCAGCUGGUGCAAAGCAGAUUCCAAUUAGCGAGGAGUAUUAUCGUAUAUAUGGCAUCGAGAAGCCGCAGGACAUGAUGAACUUCAACUAUCAAUCAGUAUCCUAG